UACAAUUGGAUAUGGUGAUGUCCGUUUUCAUCAAGAUACAGAGUCAUUUCUUUUAUUUUUUCGUGAAUUAAUAUGUUAUUCGUCUAUUGGUUAUAAUUGGGUAUUUCUUUUUAUUCGCUUUUCUCAAAUGAGCCAAGAUACGUUAGUUUAUAUACAAAGUCUAGAAGCAUUACUUGGUGAGAAAGCAUUUUCACGUUGUACGAUUGUAUUUACAAAUUGUAAGCAAUCAAAUAUGACUCGUGAACUAUGUAUCGAAGCCAAUAAACAACAUGCUGAAAUCGUGGCAAUAUUAAUGAAAGUGAAUAAUGUCAUAUUUGGUGAUAUGGAUACAGAUGACAUUCCAAUUGAUUCGGAUGGUGACAGUGAUGAAGAGAAAACAAUUGAAAACAUUCGAAAGAAACAAAACAAAAAGCGAAUGAAAUUUGGGCAACAAAUGCUUGCUCAAGUCGAUCAAAUAGACGAGAAAACAUUGACAUUAGAAAAAGAUUGGUAUUAA